AUAACGUAGAAAUUAGCCAAAUACUAAAAGUUUGCUAAACUUUUUUCUUUACUAUUUUUUACAGUGUUUAGUAUUUUGGCUAUAAAAUCGUUAUUAUUCAAUGAAAAUUAAAAACUUUUUUAACAAAAUGAUCAGCGAAAAAUUCUCUACAAACUCCGAUAUGAAAGAAAAUCUUCAGACUAUCCUUUUUACUCAUUUAUGCGUAAAAACAAAAAAGUACAUGCUUUUUACGGCCCGCACUGUAUCAAUUAACUCCAUUUGAUCCGAUUCUUGUACAGUAAUAUUGCAAAGAUCGAGAGAGGCAUUGGUUGUGACUUCUUAUUAUCGAUCUCAUCGUUCUUCGAUAUCUUUGGUUAUAUCAUAGCAUCUUUUGUUAUCAACUGGCAAUUGACUUUGGUUAUGCUAUGCUUGUUACCUUUGCUCCUUGGUAGUUCAUUUAUCUUUUCUAAGGUAUGAAGUGUUGUUCAAUCAAUUAAAUCCUUAUGAAUUGUUAUAGUUCACCGCUAAUCAAGCAUUGAAUGAGUUAAUGACAUACUCGAAAGCGGGACAAAUCGCUCAAGAAGUGUUUAGUUCAUUACGUACAGUUCUUUCUCUCAAUGGUAGCAAAUUUGAGCAAAAACGGUAAACCAAUAGAUUAAAAUAAGUUUACUUAUUUGAUAUCAUAAAACAUGUUGCGAUUUUGAUUGCAUUUAGAUAUGAAAAAGAAUUGGAUUCAACUCGUUGGACUAAUAUUCGCCAAGGUGCAGUAUAUGGGGCUUUUCUUGGAUGGCUUUCUCUGGUAACCUACCUAGUUUAUGCAGUUGGUUUUAUCUUUGGUUCUCUUCUUAACUCAAGCAAAGAUUAUCAUGGCGUGAAUAUUACUGAUAUUCUUAUCAUCGUUCCUCUCUUUGCACAAUAUAUGGGUUACUUCACUUUUAUUAUUCCUUGCUUUCAAUCAUUUUCAGAAGCUCGAGGCGCAGCAGCACCGGUGUUUCGACUUAUUGACGAAGGAAAUGACAUAAAUGUCAAUGAAACAGAUGUAUGGAGAGAGGAUAACAAAUCAAUUUAUAAUAUCAAUGGUGAUAUUGAAUUUGACCAUGUUAACUUUAUUUAUCCAUCUCGAAAAGGUGCACCAGUUUUGCGUAAUCUCUCUCUUAUCGCUCGUGCUGGGCAGACAACUGCUCUUGUAGGUUCAAGUGGCAGUGGAAAAAGUACAUGUAUAUCACUUUUUCUUCGUUUUUAUGAACCUUCCUCAGGUCGAAUAACAAUCGAUGGUCGGUCGAUAGCAGACUAUAAUGUCAAACAACUUCGACAAAACAUUGGAGUGGUUAGUCAAGAACCCAUUUUGUUUGAUAUAAGUAUUUAUGAAAAUAUUCGUUUUGGUAAAGUGGAUGCAACACGAGAAGAAAUUGAACAAGCAGCACGAGAAGCAAAUGCACAUAAUUUCAUCAUGAAAUUACCAAAUAAAUAUGAAACACUUGUUGGCGAACGUGGUAUACAGUUGAGUGGUGGAGAAAAACAACGUAUUGCAUUAGCUCGUGCUCUUGUUAAGCAGCCUACAUUUCUUUUAUUGGAUGAAGCAACAAGUGCGCUUGAUAAUAUUAGCGAAAAAAUCGUUCAAGAAGCACUUGAUCGAGCAUGCAAAGGUCGUACUACUAUUGUAAUUGCUCAUCGUUUGACUACAAUUCAAAAUGCCCAUCAAAUAUAUGUAUUAGAUAAUGGAAGUGUGAUUGAGCAAGGUACACAUGAAACAUUGAUAGCAGAAGAAGGAGGUAUGUAUCAAUCAAUGGUCAAACGUCAACAAAUGGGAAGAAUCGAUAAUGAUAAAGAUGAUAUGAUGAGCAUGCAAAAAGCAACAGAAGAAGAUGAAAAGUUGACAAGUUUGUUGAUAGCCUCAUUAUGUGAUGGUCUUCACUCUUCUUCGUCUUUUUUUAUUGAAUAG